CGGCCAAUAGCAGCGCUGGCAGGUGAUGUCAUGCUUUAGGAGUGGUAGUGCUGCUGAUGCUGCUCAGCUCUUGUAUCUGAGGACGUGCAGACUCGGAGAAAUAGCAGGAGAGAGGGGGACGAGCAUUACGGACAUCGUUAAGGAGAGGGGUGGAAAGAACAGAUUAAGCCUCCUUGUACGUGAAGAAAGAAAAUGAACAGCAUGACCCUGGCAGCAUAUCGAGACAAACUGAAGGAGCUCCCUCUAGUGUCACUGUUCUGCUCUUGCAUCAAGUCGGACAUUACAGAGAAGCAGACCUAUAAAGCUGAAGAUGCAGUGGACCUGAACUGGUGUGAGAUCAAGGACGUGGAAGUGAUCGAGCUGAACAAGCGUGCGUCAGGACAGGCGUUUGAAGUGAUCCUGAAGCCACCUUCAUUCGAUGGCGUGCCUGAGCUGAACGCCUCUAUGCCGCACCGCAAAGACCCGUCACUGGAGGAGAUCCAGAAGAAGCUGGUGGCUGCUGAAGAGAGACGAAAGUUCCAGGAGGCAGAGUUGCUAAAGCAUCUGGCUGAGAAGAGAGAGCAUGAGAGGGAGGUGAUCCAGAAGGCAUUUGAGGAGAACAACAACUUCAUCAAGAAUGCAAAGGAGAAGCUGGAACAAAAGAUGGAGACCAACAAAGAGAACCGCGAGGCCUUGCUGGCCGCCAUGCUAGAGAGGCUUCAGGAAAAGGACAAGCACGCAGAAGAGGUGAGGAAGAAUAAAGAGCUGAAGGAGGAAGCAUGCCGAUAAAGUGCUGGAGGAAAAAGUGGACUGUGGGAUGGAUAAAAAAAAUAUAUAUAGGAUGAGAGAGAGAUCAAUAAAAGAAGGCAUCACUUCUCAUUAAUGUAACGGAGACGAGUAGAGGACAUUGCUAAUGGCAAUUUAAAACAACAAAGUUUGGUUUGUUUGUUUGUUUGUUUGUUUGUUUGUUUGUUUCUCUUUUCAUAAGGUGUAUAUUGUGAUAUGUAAUAACUCUUCGGACAACAGUGCACAGUUAGCUCUAGGUUCAGGUGGCAGAAAUCAGCAACCUUUCACAAAAUCAGUCCUUUGUACAUAUCGAGGUGAUGAUGUAGAAGAAACAAGAAAUAAUGCAUAAAUAAUACAGACAUACAGAUCAUGCAGACUUAAAGAUCAGUAUACUUCAUAUAUGUCUAUACAUCUAUACACGUUUUCUUAAAUGUAUUCCACCUAGCAAAGCGCAAGCUAUGCAUGUUUAUUCGCUCAUCGUUUAUUUAUAGAGGCACAAGUGAUUUCUCAAUAAAAACCAAUUUUUAAAGGAUGUUUAUUCACAUUGCUUUUGUUUACUAAGCAGUAUUAUAUUCAUGAUUAUGCAUUUUCAUGAAAGAGAUUUGAUGACAACAAAUAUCGUUAAGUUGAGAAAUGUUAGCGUCUUCAGAAUGAUAUUUCGUAAUAAAUACUUAAGCACAAAUCAAAGGCACGUAUAAGCUAUGAGCUAAAAGACAUUACUUGGUAGGAAAUGAGAAGAGAGCAAAGAAGAGAGCUGAUAUAAACAUGUCAAGAAUGUAGAGCAGUGACGUAAUUAGAGAGAGAGAGAGAGAGAGAGAGAGAGAGAGAGAGAGAGAGAGAGAGAGAGAGAGAGAGAGAGAGAGAGAGAGA